UCGCCGGUUUAGUUUCAAGUUAACCAUCGACGGUUUCAGUCGAAGUUCGCGAGGUCAGCAGCAGCAGACCUGAUAGAGUUCCGGUAGCUGAGUGCUAAUCCUUCGCUAGUUAGAGAAAAGUUCGGACAUCUUAAGGUGGCGCUAGGCCGUCUAGCUAGCUCUUUACAAAACAUAGAGACUGUUAGCGCAAGUUUCAGUGGUGAUAAGUGAAAUAAAGUGAUUUAUUGCAUCCUCCCAUUCAGAAAAAUCAAGAGUGAAUAGAGAGACAAACAACAACAGAUAAAAAGGAAAAUGCCUGACCCAACGCGAACCAAAAUUGAGUCCCUCAUCAAGGACUUCAACGAUACAACCGGAACGGGUAGCCCCAAGAAGUUGCACCAGUCCCGCACUAAGUUUAUGCCCAUUGUCUUCGGUCGAGAUGGGGCAAAAAACAAACCAGAUCCCGCGGCAGCUGGGGCCCAAGACUUCUACGAACUACGCAGCCGUUGUGUGCGAGCUGGGAAGCUGUUCGAGGAUCCCGAAUUCCCCGCCGACAACAGUUCCCUAACCUUCAGCGGAAAGGUUCGGGGUAACCUGAAAUGGCUCCGUCCCGGAGAGAUCUCCAAAAAUCCUGUCUUUUUCGAGGAGGGCUUCUCCCGCUUCGAUAUCAACCAGGGCGAUUUGGGAGACUGUUGGCUGCUGGCAGCGGCCGCUUCCUUGACCCAGGAUGAUUCACUUUUCACUAGGGUGGUUCCGAUGGACAAUAGCUUUACGGAUCAGUAUGCCGGGAUUUUCCACUUCCGGUUCUGGAGAUUUGGUCAGUGGUACGAUGUGGUGAUCGAUGAUCGAUUGCCAACGUUCCAGGGACGAUUGGUUUAUAUGAGAUCAACUGAGCAGGACGAGUUUUGGAGCGCGCUUUUGGAAAAGGCUUAUGCUAAGCUGUUUGGAUCUUAUGAGGUGCUGCGAGGGGGAUCGGCUAGCGAAGCCAUGGUAGAUUUUACCGGGGGCGUAACCGAGACGUUUGAGAUGAAAGAAGCUCCCAAAGAUUUGUUUGAUAUCAUUGAAAAGGGUUUCAGAAAUCACGCAAUGUUUUCGUGUAGCCUGGAACCUGAUCCGAAUAGACCGGAGGCGGAGACGCCUCAAGGGUUGAUCAGAGGGCACGCCUAUUCAAUAACCAUGGCAAAGCUCAUGGAUAUUCAGACCCCAAAUGUUAAGGGAAAAAUCCCACUCCUACGAUUGCGCAAUCCCUGGGGUAAUGCCAACGAGUGGAACGGAGCUUGGAGCGAUAAAUCUCCGGAGUGGAAGUUUAUACCGGAAGCAACCAAAAAAGAAGUAGGGCUAACGUUCGAAGUCGACGGUGAGUUCUGGAUAUCGUACAAAGACUUCGAGAAGUACUUCGACCGAGUGGAGAUGUGCAACUUGAGUCCGGACUGUCCGAUCGUCCGACAAACGGGUGAGUAUCCUUGGAAACAAUCUUCCUUCGAGGGUGAAUGGGUGAUAGGAAGUACAGCCGGCGGAUGUCGGAAUUUUCCCAACACCUUCUGGCACAAUCCACAGUACGUUGUCAACAUCCCGAAUGCCGACAAGGAUGAUCCGGAAGGCAAAGCGACGGCCAUCGUUGCUUUGAUGCAAAAGAAUCGGCGAUCCAAACGAAACAAGGGCAUCGAUUGUCUCACGAUUGGGUUCAUCGUCUACCGGGUAACGGAGAAAGAUCUAGUCAAGAAACCUCUCCCGAAAGAUUUCUUCAUGUGGAACUCAUCGGUAGCGAGAUCGACCUACAUCAACCUCAGAGAAGUGACCUGUCGUAUUCGGCUAGAUCCAGGAACGUAUGUGAUAGUUCCUUCGACCUUCGAUCCGAAUGUUGAAGGUGAAUUCUUGAUUCGAGUAUUCUCCGAAUGUGCGGAUUGUCUCAAGGAAAACGAGGAAUGCAUCGGAACGUGUGGAGUUGAUCCGAGGGUAACACCCGACAGAAACCACAACGAAUUGCCGCGAGCAAUAACAGUCGCCAGAGACACACCGGACCCAGCCCUUUCGGACAAACAAAGAUCCACCAUGGAAAAGCUGUUCCUAGAUGUGGCCGGCCCGGACGGCGAAGUGGACUGGAUGCAGCUGAAGCUGGUUCUGGAUUAUUGCUUCCGAAGUGAAAUUGCCAUCGCCAACAAAGGCAUCACGCAAACCUACCGAACGGCACCGCUCCUAGAAUCGGCAUCCAAAAAAGGUGGGAGCAUUGGCGUGAUGCCCGGAGGCGGACUUGCCUGCUGUGGACUACUGUCAAUCGUCCAGGAUUUGUACCUAAAUAUUGCCGGUGGAAUUGGUCAAACGUCGUCGGCCACGCCAAACAAUCCGGCCAACGAUGAUUCGGUUAUUUCCAAAGAAAAUGCUGCCCUUUUGUCGGCGGAUGCUACCGGUGCCGGUUUCUCGAAGGACACCUGCCGGGCGAUGGUGGCCAUGCUCGAUGAAGACCACUCCGGAAAACUAGGAUUGCUAGAGUUCCAAAAGUUACUUACCGAAUUAGCCCGGUGGAAGGCCGUCUUCAAGUUGUACGAUCAGGACCACAGUGGACAUCUUAAUCCGUUCGAGCUGAAGGCAGCGCUCCAAUCGGCCGGCUACACCCUGAACGCCAAGAUAAUCAACAGUCUGAUGCACCGCUACAGCACCAAGGAGGGCGAGAUAUGGUUCGACGAUUUCAUCACCUGUGCCGUUAAGAUCAAGACCAUGAUCGACAUUUUCCGUGCCAAGGAUGUUAACCGGACGAAUCUCGCGACGUUCAAUUUGGACGAAUGGAUUCAAAAGACCAUCUAUUCCUGAAUUUUUGCCUGCACAAGUUCGCAAGUUACUUAUACCCAAAAGAUGUGCCUGAAGUACAUCCCUAAGACACACCAACUGAUUUCAGUUUUACACCUCCACCACUAUAUCUUUUAGUGUUCUAUUAUAGUGUUAAUCUUCCAUGCCAUCAGAAAUCUCUCUUUUAAUAUUUAUUAAUUCAAAUAGAUUUGUACAGUGAAGUAGAU